CUCUUCACUUUAUACCCCACACUCUCGAGACUCAUUACAUUACCGGAAAAUAGACUAUCCCAGAAUAUCGUCAUUUUGAUUGUAUUGUAGAUAAGAGUUUCUAGUACAGAACAAAGUUAACCCACUACCCCCUUCUCCAACCCCACCCCUAUCACCCAAAAAAGGGACCAAAAAAACAAACAAAAAAAGAAGAGUAAAGUUCAAAGCUUUAUUGGUGUCUUCAAAGUUGCUUGUUAGGUCCUCACCUAUGCAUGAAAUUUUUACACUAGUAUAUAUUUAGCCGCCACUGUAUAAAUUUCUUUCUUGUUGCUUCCUUUGAAGCUUCUUGAUUUUAUUUUCGUGGCGUUUAAUCUGCACGGUAUUCAAAGACUGCUAAUUCUUUGGUUGUUUAAAAAUCGAGUCUUUUUUUCUUUAUCAAGAAAAGGGGUUAUUUUGUUUGGCGACUCUUGGGUUUCUGCUGUAAUUUUAGAUCGGCGAGAGUUGUUUGAUGUUUCAAUCAAAGUGAAUUUUGGAGUCAUAUUUAGCUUGAGUUGUUUGGAAGUUAGCAGCUUAUAUUUCUCAAAAUUGUAUUGAACAAGUGUUAAAGGAAGAAGCUUUGCAUAUGAGGGUUAAAGUUUUUGCUAGCAUCAAAUAUCCAUCUGGUAACAUGAGAAGUGAGAAGAGCAGAGAAAGAGAAGACCAAGAAAAUCCUGUUGGUAGUGUACUGAAAUAUGUUGAAGGUGUUUCGCGGAAUGGAUCAAUAGUACCCUCACCACAAUUAUCUAUUGAUGAGAGAGUGCUGGUGGAUCCAAAACAACUCUUUAUUGGAACAAAAAUUGGCGAGGGAGCUCAUGGAAAAGUUUAUGAAGGAAGGUAUGGUGAUCAAAUUGUUGCAAUAAAAGUUCUAAAUGGUGGUAACACCUCAGAUGAAAGAGCAUCACUUGAAAGCCGUUUUGUUCGGGAAGUUGUUAUGAUGUCAAGAGUAAAACAUGAGAAUCUUGUAAAAUUUAUUGGAGCUUGCAAGGAUCCUUUGAUGGUUAUAGUUUCAGAGCUACUGCCUGGAAUGUCCCUUCGGAAGUACUUAGUCAGCAUUCGACCAAAAGUGCUUGACCUACAUGUGGCUUUAAAUUAUGCUCUUGACAUUGCUCGGGCCAUGGAAUGUUUACAUGCCAAUGGCAUUAUACAUAGAGAUCUAAAACCUGACAAUUUGUUGCUCACGGUCAAUCAGAAGUCUGUGAAGCUUGCAGAUUUUGGGUUAGCAAGGGAAGAGACCCUCACUGAGAUGAUGACAGCAGAAACUGGGACAUACCGGUGGAUGGCACCUGAGUUGUACAGCACUGUUACAUUGCGUCAGGGGGAGAAGAAGCAUUAUAAUAACAAGGUCGAUGUUUAUAGUUUUGGUAUUGUCUUGUGGGAAUUACUGACCAACCGCAUGCCAUUUGAGGGGAUGUCUAAUUUGCAAGCUGCUUAUGCUGCUGCUUUUAAGCAAGAGAGACCUAGUCUUCCAGAAGAUAUUUCUCCUGACUUGGCAUUUAUCAUACAAUCAUGUUGGGUGGAAGACCCUAAUAUGCGACCAAGCUUCAGCCAGAUAAUCCGUAUGCUUACUGCGUAUCUUUUCACACUUCCUCCGCCCUCACCAUCUAUACCAGCAACGGGACCUGUGGAGCAGACGGUUGCCAGCAAUGGUAGUAUUGUUGAGUUUUCUGCACGAGCAAAGGGAAAAUUUGCUUUCCUUCGCCAACUUUUUGCUGCAAAGAAGACUAAGAACUCACAGUAAACUGGCAAAUUUUCAACACUUGCUGUUCCAGCUCAGUGACAGGGAUGAGAAGUGUUGAACAGAAACAAUGUUAGUCGACUAACCAAUAAACAAAACAAAGGAAGAAAACAAUAGUUAAUGUCAUUGUAAAGGAAGUUUGUUAUAAGUACUCUCUUGUUUAUAUCCAAUCCUCUCAUUUUUGUGGGAACCUCUGUAGCGUAGACCGUAUAGUAACACUUUUCUUUUGCACAUCGCACUUAUCACUUGUAUCAGGAUGGUGAUGGCUGCUUCCUGACAGAUGUUUCUAACAAUAUAUGUUGCUCUUCGGAA